AUGGUUGCCUUUUACUGGGGGCUUUCCUUGGGUGUGGUCUUGGUCUUGGGACUCCACCUGGUGCACUGCUUUCUGGUGUUCCCACGUCAGGGAUCCUUUGGCUUGCUGGCUGCCGUGGCUAUACCUCUGGAUCUGGGUCCCAAAAAUGUAUACAUGGCCUUCAACUUUGAGUCCAACUAUGCACUGCCAUCCAAUGAUUCCUACAACCAGUGGAUCGAUAGGUGGGAUCUGGAUGAUCACUUCAUGGGCGUUGGGGGCAACGUCACCCCGAUCAAUGCCCGCCAGGAUGGAGGCGAGUUCUUAGAGGACGAGGACAACGAGGUGAGGCGUCGUUCGGUGGGAUCUCCACCUCCUUUCAGGCGCCACGACUUCUACCGCAGCAUUGUCAACUUUCUGACCCACUAUGGAUUCAACGGCUCCGCCUGCCUGCUGCGAACCAUCUGCGAGGUCAGCGAAUCGCCCCUGGACGCCCAAAACGGCCUGGUGGGCAGCCUGUUUCAGAUUCUAUUCAUGCCAACUACGAGUGCCGCGGAGCGGGAACUGCAGCACGUGGACGGACUUUACGAAGCCUCCGAUGCGGGCACGCGUGGCCUGGGCUGCUCCGAUUACGUGGACCACUGCGAGCACAGUGCUCUGGACCUGAUAAGCAUUGUGCUCUGAAUAGCUGGGGUGGCGACAAUUUUUAAAUUUUAAAUUAGAAACACAAAUAGAGAGCAGCUGUCUUUGGUCCUGCAUCCUGAAUUGCAUUAACUUAAAAUUUACUGCUGGUAUUUACUUUCUUAACGUUAAAAAUAUUAAAGUAUCAAAAUUACACAUUAUAAAUUCAAAUAUAUUUACUAUUUAUCAAGGCGUUCAAUGUAAAGUUAAACCAGAAGUUGUAGUUUGAAACCCACUUUUGGUAGAACAUUUGGACAAAAAAGGACUUAAUUUUAAAAUUACUACACUUUAAACACCCCACUUGGUCAUUAAAUAUAAUUUAUAAACCUAAUCUCCAAUUAACGAAUAUAA